ACGACUAAAAUUAAAAACUUCUUAGCUAUAAAUUAUAAUUUAUAUUUUUAAGAACAAUAACGUAAGAAGUAACUAUAGUUCAAAUGUCAAUCCAUUAUUGGCAUAUAUCUUAGAAUGUAGAUUACUGACAUUUUUGCGGUGUAAAAUUUCUUCGCCUAUAUCUUUAACGUUAAAUUUUUGCGUUUUAAAAUUGUAAUGGACGAAAGCAAUCUGUUCAGUGAUACCCAGGAUAACACCAAUCAAUUAAAUGUGAAUCUGGCACCAAGUUUUCAACAACUUAAACUCGUUAGUACUUGUGCUGAUGAUUUCAUUGUAGACAACAAAGAAUUCCAACAAUGUUUAAAAGGAUGUAAAUGGUCGCCAGACGGUACAUGCGUUUUAACCAAUAGCGAAGACAAAUUUCUCAGGAUUUUUAAUCUGGACGUAGAUGAUGCCGAUCAAUGUAUGGGACUUUAUAAAACUGCUCAAAUAAAAGAAGGCGGUACCAUAUAUGAUUAUGCCUGGCAUCCAAACGUACAUGCAAAUGAAAAUUUAGUCUUAUCGACUAGUAAUCGAUCCCCUAUUCAUUUAUGGAAUGCCAAAGAUGGAAAACUAGUAGCUACCUACAGAGUUUACGAUCAUGUGGAUGAAGUCGCUCAUGUUAACUCACUAUGUUUUAAUUGGUCAGGAGAUGAAAUUUAUUGUGGAAGUCUUGGUAAAAUAAAUAUAUUCCGUACAGAUCGUCCAGGUCGAGAGUUUAUUGAAAUUCCUACUAAAUCAGAUUUUCACAAAACAAUAAUAUCAACUAUAGCGAUGAACCCAGUAGAUAAAAGUGUUUUUGCUGUAGGCACAUACAAUAAAGAUAUUGGUAUUUUCGGUGGUAAUCAAUUAAUGUAUAUAUUGAGAGGUCAUAAAUCUGGUAUAACCCAGAUAAGCUUCUCACCGGAUGGACAAAAAUUGUAUUCCGGAGCUAGGAAAGGUGAUAGUGAUAUAGUAUGUUGGGAUUUGAGAAAUAUCGGUCAAACAUUGUAUUCAGUCCAGAGAUCAGUAACUACGAACCAAAGAAUUUAUUUUGAUAUUUCAUCCGAUGGUCAAUAUUUAGUUUCUGGUAAUUGUACCGGUGAAAUAAGUACCUGGAGAUUAGACGACAAAAUAAAUUCUGAAGAAAAUUCAGAAAGCGUUCUAGAACUAAAUUCUAAAAUCUUAAUACAUGAUGAUUGUGUGAAUGGUGUAAGUUUACAUCCAACACGUUCACUAUUAGCUACCACUUCUGGACAAAGACAUGUGGAUUUUUUUAACGAUGAUGAUGAUGAUGAUUGUGAUGUUGAUUGCAAUAAUAAAAAAUCAUCAAAUCACUUUGAUGCAAGUUUAAAGUUAUGGAACAUCAUUUAAUAAAUUAAAUAGAAAUAAUUACAAAUAUUUCAAUUGACAUGUGUUUUUAAUUUGUGUAAAAUAUAUUUGUUUUCUAAUAAUAAAGUAUGGAUCACAUGGCC